AUAACACAUUGUGUUCGGCUACAGCUAGAUCCGGCAGCACACAAGUAGGCCAAUGAUGUGUUAGCCAGUGCAGUGAUAAGCAAGAGAAACUCUAGUUACUUUGAUAUUAUAUUGACAUAUUCACGAGACUGUGUUCACGAGACUGUGUCAAGUAAUCUACAUAUUCAUAGCAGAGUCUUAGGAACCAUAAAUUGAGUCAUGGACCUGGACAUAGAUUGGGUCAAGCUAGAAGAUGAAGUACGAAAACAACAAGGUAGGAAACAGAACAAUAUUUUGAAGGAAAUAAAAACUUCCUUGGACCAGAAUUAAAAAAAAAAAGAUCCAUGCUCCUCCUUUGUCCAGAAGUGAAGUGGAAACCACUCUCAUGAGGGCAUCAUGAAUGUGAGAUCUCGUUUCUUGACGAGACUGAUCUUCAAAAGUACAAGAAGCAGUGCACAAAGAAUCCCAACCAUGAGUCAUUCAUACCAGCCAAUGACUUUAGUAUCAGAAAUCUCCCCAACUGUUACCAAGAUCCUCGAAUAGUAGACCUUGUCAAAGUCCUGUCGGAGCUGACAGUUAAAGUCAAAGUCUCUUUCACGAGCGCAAACAGACCAAAAGUUUUCCCUCAGACUGCCACGCCAUAUCCAUUUCACAAAUGCCGAGGCAGUGAUAAGUUUGCUCGUACAGGAACCGGAAGAUGUGUAGAUUUUUACAAACGCUCAGACGUCGACGACCAAGCCUGCCCUUGCAAGGCGUGCAAAAUAUCGGGAAAACCCGUAAAGACUUGGGCGGCCGUGAUUGUGCACACAGCCACGCAUGUCGUGUUUGACAAUUCAGAGGCGGAGUUUACGGAGUGCGUUCUCUGCUACGAUUCGGAUGAAGACAGAGGCGUUAACUUGGAAGCGGUUGACAUUGUUGGAGGCAGGGCAGACACUGACGGAGAUAGAUGUCUUCUACGUUGCGUCACACACGAUAUUGGCGUGGUUGACAUCUUAUGGCAGAUGUCGAGGAUUUACCGAGACCUCUUUAAGACGGUGAAAGAGAAAUAUUCAUUGGCUAGCCCAGACGGCCAGAGAUUGGUUGUCAUUGUUUCACAUCCACACGGCUGCGCAAAGUGCGUGACACUUGGACAUUGCUCAGAGGAGAGCCUAGGACAGUUUGGUCAAACACGCUUUACAUACACCACAGCCACGUGUCCAGGCUCUAGCGGCGCUCCAGUGAUGGUAUUCGGGCGUGGUAACGAAUGGUGGAAUCACACUCACAGCGGAGCUACCCCGAAAGGAAAUAUUAGUUCAGAGAUUUUUAUUCUUGAGUAGAGACUUUUCGAAGUAUAAAAUACAUGUAUCCACACAUUUUAUAAAGUCAGCCAUUACGUAGAAAAGAGGAAAGCAGAAACAAGGCUGUCUAUAUAUAAUGAGGGCGUCGUACUUAAAACACCUCUUCUGAAAUCAGCGACAGUUGGGAGGAAGCUGUGGAAGUCGCAUGUAACCCGAUCUAUGUGUAGAGAGCUUGCCGCCCUAUACAUCCAACGGCGCCGGAGGAACUAAGUCAAAGUCCAAGUCCUCCUUACAGAGUUGCGACAACUAUCUUAAAGAUUAUAUUCUAUUGAAACAAAAUAGUAAUUUUUUUUUUCAAAACAUGUAGGUCACAAAUAAGAGUAAUUUUUGUGCUAAUAUAAAGGACAUAAAAUUUAAUUAGUCUUAUUCUAUCCAUGGAACGAUUCGUCACGCCAGGGUAACAAAUGACGUAACUACGGGAAAUUUCUUACUCUAUAAAUUUCACGACCUAGACAAAAAAUAGAGGGGAAUAAUUCUCAUCAUUGGUCUUGCAAAAGGUUCAGGUUAAUCUGACUGUAAAUAAUAGGAUUAGAAGAAAGAAAAAAAGGCGCAAAAAAUGAGUGGUUCGUCAAGCAGGCAGGGAUCGUGGGUCUAGAGUUGAAGUUCAAUGUUAAACCUUGCCAUUUCAAAACAUUUUCAAAUAUGUCACUCUCCGUAGUAUAUGGUCACAUUCUCAAUUUGCUUAAAAUUUACACUUUUGUUUUCUAAUGAGGUUACUGUCAUUAUGAUUAUUAUUAUUAUCAUGAUUCUUCUUCUUCUUUUUUUCAUUGUUAUCAAUAUUAUUAUCAUUAAUAUUAUUACAAUCAUUUUACGUAUGUGGGUAUUCAAUUAGUCAUAUUUUAUUUCUAGGUAAUAUAAAAUUAGAUCAUGUGUAUUUUAAUUGCGAUCAGUUUUAUUUUCUUUAUUGUAAUGCUUGUUUGUUUAGUUUUGUUACCUCCCAUGUUGCCUAGCAGUAAGUUUAGAAGUUGUAUCUCAGGAGGACCUAAUUUUAUCCUUGGUCUUUGGACAAUAUGGGAAGGAUCAUUAUUUUUUUGGCUAAACUAAGGGAACUAAUCAGAGUCCGAUUAUCACGUUGAUUGUUGCGAUGAUAGAUGCAAUAAGUUAUCUUCCCUGACAACAACAGAAACAGGUUUUUAUAACAUGUUCUAUUGAGUGUUAAAACUAGUGCGUUUAAAAAUGCUCAAGUGUUUGUCGUUGUGGCCAUUGCUAAAUGAGUGCCCUGUAUGACAUGUACGUACAGUGCUUGAGACUGACAUUCCUAACUGUGAUCAUUGGAGCAUGCAGUUUGGAUCAAUAUAACAAAAUAGUCAUCAAUUCUCUGAUGACGUUAAACUCUUGGACUGAUGUUCAAAGACAAGACGGUGCACAGGAAAUAAAAUAGCUUCGAAAUGAACAAAAAGGUUGCAAGAUACUUUGAUACAAAUGUGUCUGCUGACGUGAGGGAAUAGCCCAGGUCACUUUCAAACAGUUUACAUUUAAAACGAAUUAUAUAUGCAGGGAUUGUUGUUUGUUUUCACCGUCUCCAGAAUUGUCUUCAAGAAGGUUACACUGUCCACUGAUGGACAUUUCAUGUUCAUGUUGUAUUUCAUUAAAAUAAUCGAAACGUUCAUGUACAUGUCUACACACAAAUAUAAUCAAGUUUCUUGAUAUGUUCAUAAGAUGACAUGAUGCCGGGCUUAGAUGUGUGUCAAUAAAGCUUUGUGUGGUCAUCGAAAUACAAGCUUAUUAGUAGCCAUUGUCUGGUUACAUAAGUUAAUUCAAUGUAAAUACUGAGACUUAUUACCAUAUGUAAAUGUAGUAAAGGAGGCGCCGUGGCUGAGUGGUAAAGCGCUUGGCUUCCGAACCUGGGGGUCCCGGUUUCGAAUUCUGGUGAAGACUGGUAUUUUUCCUUUCGGGCGCCUCUGAGUCCACCCAGCUCUAAUGGGUAACUGACAGUUGGGGAAAAGUGAAGGAGGUUGAUCGUUGUGCUGGCCACAUGACAUCCUAGUUAAUAACCGUGGGCAACCGAAACAGAUGACCUUUACAUCACCUGCUCCAUAGAUCAAAAAGGGGAAUUUUACUUUACUUUUAAUGUUGUAAAUUGUAGUUUCAGCCCCUCCCCUCCUCUCUUCAAAAAUAUUUAAACUUGUAUCUCUUAAAUAGCAGUUUCUAUAUACAUGAAAAUAAGGGGAUCUUCCUUAAAACACCAUUUACUUGUGUUCCAUAAGUUUGGAAUGUUAAGGGUUAAACUCUAGACUUUAGAAAACUUACUAAUCAAAUCUAUGCUUACUGGCUGGGAAAAGCAAACUAAUUUACAUACAACUAACGACUAACUCCCGGGUACGCUAUUCUGCCUCAACUUGGCACUCUGGUGGAAACGAUCACUAGAGAAAGUGAUUAGGCUAAACGAAUAGCAAACAAAACUCCUGUGGGAGUGUCCAAGGGAAUGAGAGAGUUUUCCCAUUGCACAGUGUGGUCCUUGUCGAAAAUCCAUGCGCCGUUCCUCAGAGGACCGUUACACUAAAGGCGAGUUCUUUGCACGGUUAGCUGGGUACAACGUAUGAAAAUGGCGGAGGUUCCCAGUGUGCUCGGCCUUCGGCCGUGCAUUCUAGUCCAUGCGCCUGGAGUGCCGGUUAUAUCGGAAAUAGCAAAGUUUUACAUAGACAUUGACUGGACCUCUUCCAGACAGAACGUUUUGUUCAAGCAAAGUUACACGCCUAGAGUUCGAAGAGCUCAGCUCUUUUGACUAUCACACGAUUUGACUAACUUCCUGUCGGAAAGUUGCUAGCGAUACAUUUCUGAAGUCUGGAGUUCACAUUUUUUUUUACUAUAUUAAGCAUGUAAAUAAAAUACCACGCACCGUAAGUGGAUUCUAGUGUAUUAUGUGAAACGUGUUUCAAACACACCAAAUACGUGCUACACUGGUUUGUGCAAUACUUAGGUCUCACUUCUGCGACUUUCACGCGCCAGUUGUUUUCUAAGUGUAAACAAACCUAUAUACUAGAAACUUAUUCACAUAGAUAUUACAUUGCGGAAGUUAGAAUUUCCAAUCCAUAAAAGCAGACUCAGAACUUUGUAAGUUGAAAUUUUAUGGUCUUGAGUGUUUAGCUUCCUUUUGUUUUUUUCCAAUAAUUUGCAAAGAAAAAAGUCAGAAAACAAGUUAUGACCGAUAACUCUGAUCUCUGAACUUAAGGGCAGUUUAUAUUUUCGGGUAAUUAGAAGCUAAAAUCCUGCCUCUAUUGAUUUCUUAUUUAAAACUGUUUCUUGAUCUUGGUAGUUCAGUUCAGAAUUUCAUUAACUAAAAACACAUUUUAGUUUCAGAAAUUGUAUGACACUAAACUGAACGUUGGCUCAUUAAAAAAAUUGUUAAAGAGCUAGACAAGUUCUACAUUUCUGGAUAUUAAGGUCACAACGUUUCAUGGUAAAAAAAAAAACACAGAAAAAUAACCAGUUUGAAUAUAACGACACAUCGUCUGUGAAGUUCGAAAUCCUAACAAACAUAACAGCAAAGAAAUUUUUAAUUUAUUUUAUAAACAUUUGAAAGCAACACUAGUAAGACAUAUCUUUUUACUUGGAAUAGAAAGCAACAAUAAUAAUAAUAAAAAAAAGAUUACCAAAAGGAUUAUCUUUUACCAUAAUUACCAAACAAGGUUAGCGGCAGAGAACUCUAAUGGGACGAGGGGAAGCCUACUCGUCUCCCCUGGUGGAUGCUUCCUACCUAGGACAUACAAACAUUGUUAAAGUUCUUCUAAUAUCUGGGGCUAAUGUUAAUUUGAAAAAUGCCCAUGGCUGGAAUGCGUUGAUGCAUGCAUCCCUUGCAGGAAGAACAGAGACCGCUCGGACACUUAUAACAUCCGGGGCAAAUGUUAAUGCCAGAAAUAAUAUUGGUAAAACAGCCCUGAUGAUAGCGUCCGAAAAAGGACACGCGGAAACGGUCAAACUACUGAUUGCCCAUGGGGCAGACGUUAACAAAGGCAACAGAGAAAACUGGACACCUAUGAUGGCUGCCUGCUAUUAUGGACAUACAGAGAUUGUUCAUUUGCUUAUUCAAUCUGGAGCAAGUGUACAUAAAAGGGACAACUUUAACUCUACGAUGUUGAAUGUGGCCAGUAAACAAGGAUUCUGUGACAUUGUGACAUUGCUUCUAGAACACGGGGCCAGUGUGGAUGAUGAACUAAACACACCAAGCCAUGCUGAGGUAGCAAGUCAUCUUCGAACCACACCGAAACUACUAAUAGAGUCUACACUGAAUGGCGAUAGCUCACAAAUAUUCACAGAUGAUAACACAAAGGCUUACCAGUGUGUAGGAAACUUAAACAAUCUAUCAUACAGAAAUAGAAUGUUUACUUCUGAUGCAAAUAGUGAUAACAAUGAAACAAUCAGUGAAGUCGACCCUGAAACAAUUAGUGAAGUAAAUCUCUCAUACAGAACGAAUAUGGCUAACUCUGAUACAAGUUUUGACAACAAUCUAUCUUACAAAGAAAAAAAUGUAUCACACAGAGAGAGAAUGGCCAACUCUGAAAACAUUAAUGAAACUAACGUAUCAUUCAGAAGGAAGAAAUCUAACUUUGAUAAACAUAAGGAAAGAAAUCUAUCAUACAGAACGACCUUUUCUAACUCUUAUACAAGUAAUGAGAACAAUCUAUCUUACACAAUGAACAUGGCUAAGUCAAAUACAAUAAAAGAAAGCAAUCCAUUAUACAGAUCAAACAGGGUAAACCCUGAUACAAGUAAUGAAAACAAUGUAUCCUGCAGAACAAACAUGGUUUACUCUGAUAUUAGCAAUGAAAACAAUGUAUCCUACAGAACAAACAUGGUUUACUCUGAUAUUAGCAAUGAAAACAAUGUAUCCUGCAGAACAAACAUGGUUUACUCUGAUACAAGUAAUGAAAACAAUGUAUCCUGCAGAACAAACAUGGUUUACUCUGAUAUUAGCAAUGAAAACAAUGUAUCCUACAGAACAAACAUGGUUUACUCUGAUAUUAGCAAUGAAAACAAUGUAUCCUGCAGAACAAACUCUGAUUCAAGUUCUGAAAACAAUGUUUCAAAUACAGCUAAAAAAGCCAAAGCGGAACAAAAAAAGUUAAUCGAGAUACAAAUAGGGCCAUAGAUAUAACAUACAGAAAGAAAAUACAUUCUGAUACAAGUAAUGAGAUAAAUCUAUCAAACAGAACAAAAAUGGCUAACCCAGUUACAAAGAAUCAGGAAAAAGUAGCACGCAGUACAAAGAUAGAAAAUACCGAUUCAAGUACAAGUAUCAAAACAAAAAUAACAAAUCAUGAUACAAGAAGGGAAAAUAUAUCAUAUAUAACGAAAGCAGAUUAUUCUGAUAGAAAUGAUAAGAUAAAUCUAUCCUAUAGAUCUAAGAUGGCUGCAGAUUAACAAUGUAAAGAGAUCAAUUUAUCAGACGGUAGAAAAAGAUUUAGUCCUGAUACAAGAAGUGACAAACCAAAAUGCCUACCACAGAAUCAAGCAAGGGGAAUAAUCAAUCCUACAGACAGAGAGUGGCGAACUCAGGUACAAGCAAUGAAAACAUUCUAUCACACAAAAUGAGUGUGGCUCACCUUGAAACGUGCACCCCAAACAAACUUUCGAACAGAACGAGUCAAGUCAAACUUUAAAAGGACAAUGUUUUACUUACAGCUUUCAACUAAAGAUGAGACACACACACAUAUAUGUAUAUGUCAUGUGAUUAAAAUAAGCAAAGUUUGCAUUCCUUUUCUAAAAGGUUUCAUUGCAAAGAAAAUACUCCUGACAUGUUUUGUAAAUGCAUCCGAAGUCAAAUUUUGCAAUGUAAUAAUAAUGAUAUUUUAAAUAAUAAAUUAUAGUGAUAACUUUA